CCUACUCUCCUAUGUACGAUCAGCCCAAAUCACUAUUCCCAACUCUAUCAAUCCGUCUCGGUCACUUUACAUAUCACCAGGUUACCAAGCACAGGGGUGUUCGAUCCUGUAUAUAUUUGCUUGCCAGUGACUGCUUCUCUCCUCUCAAUAUGUCUGACCAGAGCAUUUCAAUCAUACCACUCUCAUCAUCCUCAUUGUUCAUCUCCGAUUACUAUCUGAUAGUAUCCCACUCCACUCAGAGAGUGCCUUGACGACACAAUGGCUACCCUCCGUCAAUAUAUCGAUUUGCGAGCUGCCGCGAGGGAGGACGUGACCAGAGCCCACACCCAACCCGACGGUGGCUCAUCCUCCGGCUCCUCCACUCCGGACGAGAAGGAGACGGUGCUCAUUCCUGGUGUUGAACUCUCGCGCCCCUCUGAGCGAGAUGGCUCCGUCACCUAUGUCGUGGGCUGGAAGGAAGGCGAUCCCCUGAACCCGCAGAACUGGACGCGUGCCAGGAAGUGGUUCUGUACCGCAACGGUCUGUCUCAUCGCCUUGGCUGUCAGUAUCCCGGGUACCAUCGAUGCUCCUAUUUCCGCUGCCUUCAACGAGAAGUACCAUGUCGGUGAAAUCGCCGGUACCAUGGUCACCGGAAUGUAUCUCAUUGGGGUGGGUGUGGGCUCCCUGUUCGCCGGACCCUUCUCGGAAACUUUUGGUCGCAACUCAGUCUACUUCAUCACCCUGAUUAUCUUCAUGCUGUUCAUCCUGGCUAAGGCCUUGGCUCCCAACUAUGGUGCUGCCAUCGUCUUCCGCUUCAUCCAGGGUUUCUUUGGCGCUGCCCCCUUGACUGUCGGUGGUGGUACCGUGGGUGAUAUCUGGGGUCCUCUCGAUGUCACCUUCAGCUUGCCGUUCGUGACCAUGGCCUCGUACUCCGGUCCCAUUCUGGGUCCCAUCAUCGGUGCCUACAUCCCUGCCGACAAGUCCAACUGGACUGACUGGAUCUCUCUCAUCAUUGCUGGUGCUGUGCUCGUCUUCGUCGCUCUGUUCCAGCCUGAGACCUACGGUCCCACCUUGUUGUCCUGGAGGGCCAAGCACCUGCGGGCUGCCACCGGCGACUCCCGCUACCAAGUCGACGAGUCUGCUUCCACCAGCUCGCUGGGCAGCCGUCUCAUCGUCAACGUCUACCGCCCAUUCCAGAUGACUCUGACGGAACCCAUCGUCCUGCUCUUCUCCUUCUACCUGAUCCUGCUCUACAUUGUCCUGUUCACCUUCCUAAACGGUUUCCCCUUCAUCUUCACGCAGACUUACGGCAUCUCCAACUCGCUCACCUUCAUCAUCUGGGUGGCCAUGCUGGCGGGUGAUGCUGUUGCCAUUAUGCUCAUUCCGCUGAUCUACGGCUGGACCAAGAAGGCGGCGGUCAAGGCUGCGACCAACGGUACCGCUCUGCAGGCUGAGGUUUCCCUGUACUGGGCCAUGGUGGGUGGUUCUUUCUUGAUGCCGAUCUCCUUGUUCUGGAUGGGCUGGACCUGUUACUCCGACAUCAGCAUCUGGUCUCCGAUCAUCGCGACUUUCGUGUUCGGAUACUCCCUGGUCACCAUCUUCACGGCGACGUACCUGUACAUCGUCUUCGUGUACACCGUCUACGCCGGUUCCGCUCUUGGCUUCAUGACCUUCAGUCGUUAUGUCAUCUCGGGUGCCCUGCAGCCCGCCUCGAUCCCGAUGUACCAGCACAUGACUCCUCACUGGGUGCUCACCCUGGUCGGUAUCCUGGCCACCAUCAUGGCUCCCAUGCCCUUCCUGCUCUACAAGUACGGUCACCAGAUCCGUGCCAUGUCCAAGAACGUGCAGAACAAGGCCUAAACGACUGCUGGCGGCACCACCACACCACCAAGCAAACAUUGACAAGCGUGCGCACGCACCAAUCCAGCGCACCAAACCAACCAACCCACCCAACCACCAAGUUCAAUGCCAACCUGGUAGAGAUAUACAUGCAUAGAUCGGGGAAGCCGGUGAGGGAGUAAGACCAACUUUCCACCGUAUAAUUGGCGAUUUCCUUUUUCCUUUACUCUGAGACCCCCACCCCCAAAUUUGGCUUGACAGUUUGUGACUUCUGAUUCCCUUCUAAUUUUGCAUAUAUCCAUAUGUGCGAAGAGCAAAAUGUUUGGUUUUAAUUCUUUGGAGACGACUGAAUUUGAUGUGGAUUGUUUUUUUUUACUGACUGGAUUGAUGAACACGACAUGCGAUGAGAACUCAUGGUCUUUAUUUAAUGAAAUGAAAGAGUUGGAUUGACUGCAAGAUACCUUAGACUGGCUUUUGUAUGGUAUGAUUAUAGGGUGACCAUGAAAUCUGUUUG